CCUCGCCCCGCCCACCCAGUGCUCCGCUGCGGGGGUCGGGAGGUCCCGGCUCAGUCCAGUGACGAUCUGCAGCCAUGGUAGACCGGGCGCUCCGCAUCCUGCACUGGCACUGCCUGCUGAUCGGCUUCUCCGCUGCUAUCUCCCGGCAGGAGCUCUUCCCCUAUGGAGAGCACCGGGGGGACCUGACUCUACCGGACGGGGACGACGAGACCUCCGAGGUGGUGAAACUCGCACAGCCCAUGUUCUUCUACGAGGCCGAGUUCAAGGAGCUCUAUGUAGGGACCAACGGCAUUAUCUCUACCCAGGAUUUUCCCCGGGAGACGCAGUACGUGGAUGACGGCUUUCCCACCGACUUCCCUGUGAUCGCCCCAUUCCUGUCCGAUAUAGACACAAGCAAUGGAAAAGGAAAGAUAUACUACCGGCAGGACAAUUCCCCGGAGAUUGUCAGCACGGUGGCCCGACAGAUCGAGAGAGGAUUCCCACAAGCUGCUUUUUCUCCUACUAAUGUUCUCCUGGUGACCUGGGACAAUGUGGGGCCAUACGAGGAGGUGACACGCCAUUCAGAACCUUCUAAUAAGAUUAACACAUUCCAGGCUGCGCUGGCGUAUGACGAUUCAGACACUUACGCCAUAUUCCUGUAUCCCGAACACGGGCUUCAGUUUUUCGGAACAAGGCCAAAGGAGUCGUACAAUGUGCAGCUCGACCUCCCCGCCAGAGUGGGAUUCAGCCGGGGAGAGUCGGAGCAGUUGAAGAAGGAAGCGCCUUUUUACAGCGUCACGAAUACCGAACAGUCUGUGAAGAAUCUUUAUCAGACAAGUAAUGUUGGCGUUCCUGGAGUGUGGGUCUUCCAUAUUGGUAGCCUUUCAGAGAUCGAUAAUGUCAUUCCAGCAAAAGUGCCUCACCCUCAUACACAGCAACGGUACGUCCCGCUGAUAAAUUCGCACAACGACUUCCCCGAACAACGACAACUGGAAAGCCAAUUCAACGGGGACAACAACUAUGAAGACAACUAUGAGGAUGAAGACUACCCAGCAGGUCAAACCACUGAGCCACCCACCACGGACAGUGUAAACUUGAAUCCCGAUGGACGUCAGGAAUUCAUAGACGCUGAGGAUCAUGCUACGUUAUAUACAUCAAACAAUCCCUUACCCCCGUCUCAGGAAGAGCCCAACUGGACUAAUUAUGACCCGAAUGAGCCUUUAGGUGAGCCUGAGAUUCAGCCAUCGGAGACUAGAGUUCUCGGCAACAUUCCAUCUUAUGAAACCCAAGAAGAGCCAUCUGAGCCGGUGUCUGAGGAUUUCUCUAAUGUGACCCCAAAUCCGGAUCCACGAAGGUCUGAUGACAUCUAUAGGGGUGACCGUUUCUUCGGGAACGUAGAUGUGGGAGGGCUGGACACUGAUGUUCUCACGUUUGACCCGAUAAGCAGAGAGUCGUGCGACAGGAAUCCAGGUCACUGUUCUCUUUAUGCCUUCUGUACGGACUACGCCACCGGAUUCUGCUGCCACUGCCAGGACAGCUACUAUGGCAAUGGCGUACACUGUCUUCCAAAAGGAGCACCACACCGUGUUAAUGGGAAAGUGAGCGGGAAUCUGCUUGUGGGACAGACACCGGUCACCUUUGAGGGGAUCGACUUGCAUGCAUAUAUUGUGGUGAAUGAUGGAAGAGCCUACACAGCCAUCAGCCAAGUCCCUGAACCUGCUUCCUGGUCACUGACGCCGCUGACCGCCAUCGGUGGCCUUUUCGGCUGGCUUUUUGCAUUGGAAAAACCAGGACAUCAAAAUGGAUUCAGUGUUACUGGGGCAAAGUUUGUCCACAACAUUGAAGCUGUGUUUUCCCCGGGAGAAGAAGUCAUUCGUAUCACACAAACCGCGGACGGCUUCGAUUCGGAUAAUUAUAUCCAUUUACGGUCUACAAUUAGGGGGAAAGUUCCAUUCAUCCCUGAGACUUCAACAGUGCAGAUCGCUCCAUACUAUGAGAUCUACCAGUAUUCUGGAUCAGUUGUGACCUCCACGGCAUACAGGGAGUACACAGUGACCUCACAGAGUGGUGAAGUUCAGAGAUUCUCUUACCGAUUAAAGCAAAACGUUACUUACCAGGAGUGCGGCCACGCACAGAAGUACCCGCCCACUGCGCAGAAGCUGUCCGUUGAUAGGGUGUUUGCUAUGUAUAAUAAAGAGGAGCAAGUUCUCAGAUUCGCUAUUACCAGCCAUAUUGGAUCUGUACAUGAUUCUUCCCAGGAACCAGUACAGGCUAACCCUUGCUUUGAUGGCACCCAUCAGUGUGAUACCAGAGCACAAUGCCAGGCAGCUACCGGAUUGAAUUAUACUUGUGUCUGUGCAUCUGGAUACCAGGGAGAUGGCCGAGACUGCACUGACAUCAACGAAUGUGAGGAACAGCUCGAUAACUGCGGACGGAACACCCGCUGCAUGAACCUGCCUGGAAACUUCAGGUGCGAGUGCCUGCCUGGCUACGUGUUCUCCGCGGAUGGGCAAAACUGUAUAUUGAGCAGCUCAUUUGGGAAUCCUUGUGAGGACGGCACACAUACCUGUGACUUGACCACGUCUCAGUGUGUCCCACGCGGAGAUGGAGUCUUUACAUGUGAAUGUUUCCCCGGGUACACCAGGAGUGGACAGAGCUGUAUCGACGUUGAUGAAUGCACAGAGCGCAGAUGUCACCCAGAUGCUACGUGCGCCAACAUCCCAGGAUCAUUCUCCUGCCGGUGUAACCCCGGCUUCACCGGCGAUGGCUUCCAGUGCACACAGGCCCCAGUGGAUCGGCCCACCUCAUCCUGCCUAGAGAAGAGACGGCUUUUCCAGGGGCAGCCCAGAGGCCCUCGUCCCCCAAUUGUCGGAGCCUUUGUACCAGAGUGUGACGAAGAGGGCAACUACGUCCCGCUGCAAUGUCACGGCAGCACAGGCCACUGCUGGUGUGUGGACAAGAACGGCAAUGAGGUCGAUGGAACAAGAAGGCCACCUGGCAGAGGAACCCCAGAGUGUGGCAUUCCAGAACCCACCCAGAGGCCGCAGACCAUGUGCGAAAGGUGGAAGCAGAGCCUCCUGGAUCAUUACAGCGGAAGCCCCUCCGCCGAGCACUAUAUACCGCAGUGCGAUGCCUAUGGAGAAUUCACCCCUCUGCAGUGCCACGGCAACAGCGGCUAUUGUUGGUGCGUGGAUAAAGACGGGAGGGAGAUCGCAGGAUCCAGGACGCAGCCGGGGAUGACACCAGCAUGUUUACCAAGUGUAGCUCCUCCCACUGCGCGACCAACUCCCCGCCCUGACGUGACUCCACCCACAUCCGGCACCUAUCUCCUUUAUGCACAGGGCCAGCAGAUCGGUUACCUACCACUGGAUGGCGUGAAGCUGCGCAAGGAAAAAGCGAGGACGCUCUUGGCACUUCAUGGCUCCAUAGUCGUGGGCAUUGAUUAUGACUGCCAGGAGAAGAAAGUGUACUGGACAGACGUCUCUGGACGUACAAUCAGCCGAGCAGGCUUGGAGCCUGGAGCAGAACCAGAAGUCAUCAUCAGCACAGAUCUGAUAAGUCCGGAAGGCCUGGCCAUCGACUAUCUGCGGAAAACCAUCUUCUGGACUGACAGCGGCACUGAUAAAAUUGAGAGCUCCCGGCUGGAUGGGACAGGCAGGAAAACCCUGUUUGACACGAACCUGGUGAAUCCCCGUGCUAUCACUGUGGACUCUGUACGAGGGAACCUGUACUGGACUGACUGGAACAGAGAGGCCCCAAAGAUCGAAACCUCUUACAUAGACGGCUCAAACAGGAGGAUUCUGGUCAAUGAUAAUCUUGGCUUACCCAAUGGACUGACAUUUGAUCCGUUCUCCAAACAAAUAUGUUGGGCAGAUGCAGGCACCAAGAAACUAGAAUGUAUUUUAUCCAAUGGCAGUGGACGGCGCGUGAUACAGAGUAACCUCAAUUAUCCCUUCAGCAUUGUGGGUUAUGCCAGUCACUUCUACCAUACGGACUGGAGGAGGGAUGGAGUGAUAUCCAUACAUAAAGACAAUGGACAGAUCACAGAGGAAUAUCUCCCAGAACAGCGAUCACACCUCUAUGGAAUAACAGCAGUGUAUCCAUAUUGUCCUUCUGGAAAGAAGUGAUGCGACGAUAGCAAAAGGCCAAUACCGCUAAAGGAGGACUUUCCUCCCCCUUUCGUCUCUGGCUCCGUUGAGAAGGAUCGAGAAGCAGAAGGACGAAAUAA